AUGGCGGGUAGAGAACAGACAAUUGCUGAAGUUUUCAAGAGAUUUGGGAAACAUAUCGAUGCAGAGCACCAUGACAAGGCGUAUAGAAAGUACAAAAUACUUUGUGAUCAUGCAAAUUACCUGGCAAAGAGAGAUUUUGAAACGCAUGAGUAUCUGAAGUCCUAUUACGAAGAAAAUGGCGAAAAUUACCCAGCAUGCCUCAGUGACGAUCAAAAGCAAGCAUGCCUUCCUUUAUAUGAUUUUCUGUGUAGUGCAGGAACCAUGCUCGAUUUGACCAAUGUCUGGCCGACCUAUGUUUUUCUAGUGGAGGUGUACAAUAAACAGAACAAAUCUUCGAAAAAAUCGGGCCCUCAUAUCAAACAAACAGACGAUUUUAUUCCCCAUAUUUUGCAAAAUAUGAAAUCUUGUAUGGAUACAGAAACAUGGAAUGCAGCAGAAACCGAGUACUUUGAUCUAAUUCAGAGACAAGAACAAAUGAAACGUGAUCCGGAUUUGGCUAGAGAGAAAGAAUUGUGGGUUUUAAAUGGCGAUGUUGCUGCUCAGAAAUUUCUAGAUAAUAUUGAAUACAUGGAUAGAGCUCUGUAUAUAACAAUUAAAGAAGCGUUGCAGAGGAACUUAGAAGGAAGUCAAGCUACCUGGUGCCAAUAUGGAUCUCUUCUGCAUUCAUCAGAGCUUCUGAGGCGGAGUGAAGAACAAAAGACAAGACGACAUGAAAAUGAAAUUGACGAGUUACGUGAGAAGUUUGAAGAACUGAGAAUGCAAAAUGAAUUAAAAUCACAAGAAAUCGAGGAACUUACAACAAGGCUAAGUCAAGUUGCCAGUCAGAAAGUGGCGACGGGUAAUCCGAACCACACAGAUCUCAGUGAUUCCAAUCGUCCCACUAAAAUCGGGGAGAGAUUUUCAGAGUUAUAUGACAACGAAUGGACCCAUUUGUUUGAAAGUUUACAAUCGGAGUUUGAAGAUGAAAAAGAAAGAAUAAUAAAACUUUGUAACUGUGUGCAGAUGGCAUACAAAUUUUGUAAAGAGAAAAGCGCAAAACAGCUUGAAGAAUUACAAACCUGGACUAUAAAGAUUAUGUCAUAUUGCCAAAACCAGAAAGAAGUGCGUCUAAGAAUAACAUCGAUUUCAAGAAUUACUACAUACGUGGGUUUAUCCAAAAGUAAUGUAACAACUGUGUAUAAAAUCUUGAUUAAUCGAAAGAUUUCAUCAAAACUAUAUAUACUACUACCUCAAUCUAUUUUGACGCUAAAAUCAAAAUUGAUAGGUUUAUUAACCAGCGAAAGCAAAGAUAUCGUUGAGAUGAAAAAAGAUACUCUUUGUCACUUGUUAGAACUAAGGAAACAGUGUUGUUCAAUGUCCCUUCCUAAUAUCCACCAGAUGUUCAAGGAAUCGUUUAAGUUUUUAGAAACAAACGACGAAGCCAUUUUAAAAGACAUUGAAGCAUAUCUGAAAGCUUGUGUAGAAAUCUGUUGGUUUUUGUGUAUUCAGGACCCGCCGAUGGUUCUUAUUAUUCCGGAAAAAGGAGAAACCAUAGAUAAAAAACUGUUUAAGAUGUACAAGACUUCCGGAGACACAGUUGACAUAUGUGUGUGGCCUGCACUCCUUUUAAGUGAAGAUGGUAGCGUUGUAUGUAAAGGUCAUGUUUUACCCCAGAAGUAA